UGUCGAUGUAGGUGGAGCGGUUGUUAAGGAAUCAACACCGUGUGGUGUAACUGGAAAGUUGGAUGAUUUUGGAAGACAGAGGGGACACGAGAUACGUAAGGGGAAAAUGUGCAGUUACUUCGAAAAAUACCUCAUGUGUCGGUAAUGUUAAGUAAUUUACUUUAACUCUACAAAGUUCUAUGCAGAGUAAUAGGCGUGCGCUCUUGAAAGUUAGCUAGCCCAUUUCGUCAUGGCCACAAGAGAAAUACGACAACACAGGAGGCCUGUUAUGAAUAUCAAGCAAGAACAGGACGACGAUUCGGAUGCAGAGGAACCCCACCUCGGAUUAACGUUUAGGAGAGCUGAUGGACGGGAAAGUCAGAUCAUUCACAGUGGUCACUUUAUGGUGUCGUCCCCGCAUACCGAACACCCACCCAAAAAAGGAUAUGACUUUGACACGGUUAACAAACAAACCUGUCAAACAUAUCACUUUGGAAAGACCAGCAGGUCCCACCUUUCCAUUGAUGCAUCGUUGACGAAAUUAUUCGAAUGCAUGUCCCUUGCUUACAGUGGGAAACUAGUAUCACCAAAAUGGAAGAACUUCAAAGGACUCAAACUCCAGUGGAGAGACAAAAUACGCCUCAACAAUGCUAUCUGGAGGGCCUGGUACAUUCAGUAUGUGGAAAGGAGGGAGAACCCUGUGUGCCGAUUUGAGACUCCUCUGGACGGCAACAUCGAUUGUGACAUCCGACCUGCAGCAGAGGCUACUGAAGUGAAAUAUGUGAAGAGGAGAAAAGAGAUAGUUAUCCGCGAAUACCACAAAUGGAGAGCCUACUUCAAGAAGAGGUUGCAGCGGCAUAAGGAUGAUGACCUCUCCAGUCUCCUCAGGGGGGCGGAAGAGCAGUACUCCCUGUUUGGGGACACGUUCCCCGACACCUUCCGCAUGUCCUUCUGUCAGGAUGAGGAGAUGCGCCGCGUCAGCCGCAGGAGCCACGACUCGCCCGUUCCCAUGGAGAUGGACCCUUACAUGGACAUGGACAUGCUGAUGUCCGAGUUCUCCGACACGUUGUUUUCCACGCUGGCAUCCCACCAGCCUAUUGCCUGGCCCAAUCCCAGGGAAAUCGCCCACGCGGGGAAUGCUGACAUGAUCCAGCCGGGUCUCAUCCCACUGCAGCCAGACUUCACAGACGAGCCCUGGCAAGAUUUGUUUCGCCCUCCCAUCUUCCCCUUCAGCCCACCAGCACUCUCAGCCUCAGCACAAACCUCACUGCCCAGCAGCAGUUCUCAGUCACAGGCCCCUAUGCUUCCGUCUAUCCCCCUCCCUUCAGACCUUCAACCAAUCGGCCUAGACAAUCGCCUUGUCUCAUCCCCUGGGCUGCCAAUCACCCAAGGAUUGACCAAUCAGAGUGUUCCCCGGGACCCUAAUUCUGCCUACUCCCAGAACUACAUGCCUCUGUUUGCUGUGCAAGUUGCCCCUUCCCCUCCUCAGCCUGUCCCUAUGGGCGCAAUACCCCCCUCUCUGCCGUGCCCGGCCGUUUCGGCGGAGACCUUGUUGCCAGGCACUGGAGAUGGGCCUCCGCUGUCGGUCAUCACGCACACGGCGUCGUCCGUGGUCACCCCCAGUAACGCUGCCACCACCUUCAGCCAGGGCACGGAGCUCCCGUCGGCGCAGAUAGCCCCCGGCCCCCUCAGCCAGAGCCUGCACCAGCCCGCGGCCCAGCGCCUCCCCCAGACUGCAGCGCAGGCACUGCCCCAGACUCUACCUCAGCACCUCGCCCCCGCCCUGACGCAGUCCCUCCCCCAGAGCUUACCCCAGCCAGCAGCCCAGGCCCCUCUCCCGCCCCCGGGACCCUCCGUCCAGCCCCAGGGAGUGGGCCUGCCCCCAGCCUUCAUCCAGCCCCGGCCUGUCGGGCCGGUUUCCAGCAAGAAGAGCCGGCACGCACAGCGCAUCGCACCUGCCAGCGCCCGGCCCUCAACCCAGCUAAUCUUUACUGCACCGUUCCCAGGGCAUACGGGUGCUGUGAUUGUCACUCCGUCCACUGUGAAGUGCGACUCGGUCCCCGCUACAGGGGUGGUCCUUGGCUCUCCAAAUGUCGCCCGGGGCUCUACUUAUCAUAUUCUUCCUCAGACACAGAAGUCUCCCCAGCCCAUAGUGCCUAAGGAGGAGACGGCUGCCUCCACCUCCAACAGCAAAACACCCACUCCGUCGCCCAGCGCUGGUCUGGAGGGACGCUCGUCUGGGCAGGGGUCUCCAUGUGGCUUGGAGCAAGCAGCCAGCCCGCAGUCUCCUCUCAAUUCCACUGUGCUACUUAAGAACGAGAACAACCAAAGCCGUCGCGUUAAUCACAUCUCCGCGGAGCAGAAGAGACGCUUCAACAUCAAUAACGGCUUUAAGACUCUCUGCAGCCUUGUGCCCACACUGAAGUCACAGUCCAACAUCAGUAAUGCAGCCACACUCCAGAAGACCGUGGAUUACAUCGGAAAACUCCAGCAGGAGAGGCAGCACAUGCAGGAGGAGAGCCGCAGACUGAAGGAGGAGAUUGAGGAGCUCAACGCCUCCAUCAGCUUGUGUCAGAAGCAGCUGCCAGACACUGGAGUGUCCCUGACGCAGCACCACUUCAACCACAUGAGGGAGAAAUAUGAUGAAUACGUCAAGAACCGGACGUUGCAGAACUGGAAGUUCUGGAUCUUCAGUGUGAUCAUUAAGCCGCUGUUUGAGUCUUUUAAUGGGAGCGUGUCCACCAAGAGCAAAGAGGAGCUGUGUGAGACAACUCUACAGUGGCUAGACCGCCACUGUGCCCUUCCAGUGCUUCGCCCCAUGGUUCUGGGCACUCUCCGACAGCUGAGCACCACCACCUCCAUCAUCGGCAACCCCUCCCUCCUGCCAGAGGAAGCCAAGCAGGCCGUCAGCAAGCAACGCGCUGCUGAGCCCUGAGUGUCCUCCCCGGGGUCCCCCGGUCAACCGUCCAGAUGAGGACUCAGCCGAGGCUGCAGGGCUGCCGGUUAGGAUGCCCGAGGCGCUGGACUUUGCCAGGCAAAGGACUCUUUGAUGACCAGCCCUGAGGAUUGUGUGGUGUUUUUGUGUUUCCAGUUACCAAAAGAAAGGGAAAAGUCAUGUACGCUUUGGAGAGGUGGAGUGAGCGGUGGGAUUCAGGUCAGAGGAGGAGCGUGGAUGAUGGAACAUGGAGCUUGAAGACAUCUUCAAUUCUGUGCUCCGAAUCCUUUUGUUACUGAAAGGAAAGUUUGUGACGUUGAGUGCUCCAAAAGGGAUCUUUACUCCACUCCUUUGUGAGCUGCUUUUAUUUAUUUGGCUGUUUUAAGGACACACUACACACACUUCAGGAGAUAGGGGUAGGAGAAUGCACGGCUGAGUGGUUUGCUCCGCCCUUCCCCCUGAGGUGGAAGCUGGUUCCUCUUUGCACUGUUUGGUUCCUUGUCCCUCCAUGUACCUGGUGGUGGGGAUGGAGGUGGAGAGCAGAGCAGGCGCUCUUGCGUCAGUCGCCACUCCGGGGCUUCCUAGUGUCCGGUCUUCCACCCGCUUUUCUGAAUGGAAACCAAACCUCCAUAUCUUUCUGGUGUAAUCUCUUGCUUCUGGGCGAGAUGGGAUGUCAUGUGCCACAGCAACACUGGGGCAUCAGAAGCACAAGCCAUAUACACUGCUGAGGUGUGUGUCUGUGUCUGUGUCUGUGUCUGUGUCUGUGUCUGUGUCUGUGUCUGUGUCUGUCUGUCUGUGCGUGUCUGUGUGUCUGUGAGUGUGUCUGUGUGUGUGUGUGUCUGGCCUUUGUGUAUGACUUGGUAAACUCAAGUCUUCAAGUCACAUGCUGUGAAUGUGCAAGGAAAGGCCUUAAUGAUUUGUUUGCUGGUUGUUUUUUCUUCCUCCUGCUCAGGGACACUGUCACAGAUCACGCCAUCACACAGGAAAUUGACUUGCAUAACCUCGCCUCACAGGAAAUCUCUGCACAUGGCUCUAGUGUGUGGCUGUGAGCAGUAACCCAUUCACCACCCCAGCUUAAUGUACCAUCAGUAUUGGUUUAGGCAGACCACUCACUUUCAGCUCACUCUGAGCAAACCUUUCAAAACAAAGCUCAGGCAUGCAAGUUAAACAUGUAAAUUGUACAUAUGUGCGGAAAAGCAACGACUAAUGUUUGAAUUGUGUUUUCAGCUCGGUUUCACCUCUGGUAACCAAGCAAUCAGUCUUAUUUCAAAGUACAGUUCCUCUACCAAAGUUGUGGUCUAACUGAGGCGUGGACAUCAGAGAAUUAUUGAACUUCAGAAAAGAUUGUGUGUGUGUGUGUGUGUGUGUGUGUGUGUGUUCUGUUUGACUGUGCACAUGUGAAUGCAACUCAAUGACAAUUUUGGUUUAUUGCCGUGUGUAAAGUCAUUGCUCUGGGAUUUACUGACUGCCCUCAAACCGAGAUGAUCUGAUCUGAGGCAUCUGCAGCAAGCAUAUCAGGCCUGUUGGGUAUUAAGAAACCGCAAGAGGCUCCCCUCACUAGCCCUCUCCUGCUCUGUUUGUGUCCGGGGGACGAGUAGGCAAUGAAGUAAGUCAACUGGUACUUGGUACUUGCUAAUAUGAACAAAACAUCAAUACUGCUCUGCAUGAUCUCAACAGCAGAACACAUAAUCAUUUUGCUUUGACUCCUUUUCCUUUCUUUUUUUUAAUUAUGAAUAAGUCCAAUUGCUUACGUUUUGGAUGGUAUCAUGUUUUGUCACUCGUGAGAAGCUCUUAAGUUUGCCCAGGAAGAAAAGCCCUGCAUUUUAUCUUUGGUUUGUUUUGGAUGGAAUGUGUAAUGCAAAGACUGUUGAAUUUACAGAGGCUGGAACUAAAUUACAGUAUUGUACAUAAUAUUGUUUUGUCAUGAUUUGUUUCUGUCAAGUAAAGGAAUGCCUUUUUGUAACAAUCUGGUCUUUUUUUUUAUUCUGACAAUAAAGUGGUAGUACCUUAAAGUUA